AUGUGCCGCACAGCUGGGAUACGUUGCCCUACAGUACUGGGGCUAUUCUCCAACAUCUUGGAUAGCAACGCGGAUUACGUUUUCCGGAACGAAGAUAGGAUCGUUGCAGAGUCGCUCUGCAGAGAAGCCAUCUCACUCUGCGCAACGGGAACCUACUUGGCAGCAACUAUUCGCCUAAAUUUGGCAUGGAUUCUGCUGAUGUUAUCCAGCAAUAACGGGCCUCGUACUUUGAUCAACGAAGCAGUCGACAUUCAGCGACAGGCCUUGGUUGACCUGCCUCCGUCUCAUUGUUACGAUCAACAUCGACACCUGCGAUUCCUAGGGGAGUGUCUAUACUAUCGAUACGAGUUUUUUGGAAGACCAGAAGAUUUGGAUGAAUGCCUUGAUGUUUACGCGCAGGCCGUGCACUUAUGUUCAAAGAUGCACAUUGAUCGGUGCAAGACAGUAACUGGGAUGCUCUGGGCGCUAUAUGCGAAGGCUGCGCGCUCUGGCGCUAUCGAUGAGCUCAACAAAGCGAUUGAACUUGGACUGAACACUCUCAAAGAAGUCUCCGCAGGUCUUCUCGACCUUCACCAUCAGCUCGCUCCAUCCGAUGGGCGCUACCUCGAAAAGUCAGUCACUCUGAACCGGGAAGCGUUGCAACAGUGCCCUCCCAACCACACACACUAUUGGAUGUACGUGAGCAGCUUGGCGCGCAAAUUGUAUUUGCAGUACAACUGGACCGGAGAGAUAAGUUGUCUCGAAGAAUCUAUUCAACUCGGGCGUUCUUCAAUCGAUUCAAUUCCAACUACCCACCCUCAGCGAUUCAUUCCCGCUCGCCAUCUGGCGCAUUCACUGAUGCUCCGCUUCAACGAGACAAGGCGCAUCUCUGAUCUCGAUGAAGCCAUCAAAUGGGAUCGUAGGGCCCUGGCGAGCAAUGGGACCUCACAUGUGUUCUAUCCGGAUGUUUCUGCUCAAGCUGCUGCGCGCUCUGGCGCUAUCGAUGAGCUCAACAAAGCGAUUGAACUUGGACUGAACACUCUCAAAGAAGUCUCCGGUGCUGGAAAGGGGCGCGUCAGAUGCCUCCGUGUGGUAGCAGGUCUUCUCGACCUUCACCAUCAGCUCGCUCCAUCCGAUGGGCGCUACCUCGAAAAGUCAGUCACUCUGAACCGGGAAGCGUUGCAACAGUGCCCUCCCAACCACACACACUAUUGGAUGUACGUGAGCAGCUUGGCGCGCAAAUUGUAUUUGCAGUACAACUGGACCGGAGAGAUAAGUUGUCUCGAAGAAUCUAUUCAACUCGGGCGUUCUUCAAUCGAUUCAAUUCCAACUACCCACCCUCAGCGAUUCAUUCCCGCUCGCCAUCUGGCGCAUUCACUGAUGCUCCGCUUCAACGAGACAAGGCGCAUCUCUGAUCUCGAUGAAGCCAUCAAAUGGGAUCGUAGGGCCCUGGCGAGCAAUGGGACCUCACAUGUGUUCUAUCCGGAUGUUUCUGCUCAAGCUGUAUCCCGUCUUUGCAUGUUAUUUGACGCUCGGGGCUCCUUCGAGGCUUUGGAAGAAGCGAUUACCCUCGGCAACACCGUCCUGGAUACGAUGGUUUCCGAUCAUGUCGAACGCGGCGAUGUUAUCCUCGAGCUGUCAAAAGCUCUGUUACGCCGCGGGAGACAUCAAGGGAACGUCGCGGACAUCGACCGCUCCAUCUCGGAGCUAGCAUGUAUCAAGGAAGUAAUGCUUCAGCGAACAGAGGGCCCUAAACUUCUGAGCACCCUCGCCGACUGUUAUAUCGUCAGAUUUCGCUUCAAUCGCAGCGACAAAGACGCGAACGAUGCCUUGGAGAUUAUGACUGGUUUAUUGGAUAAGCUGCCUCCCGGGCGUCCUGAGAGGUAUCAGUACCUCGUGAGUACAGCAGAACUCCACAUGGAGAUAGGAACACCUUACCGGAAAGAUCGCCAACUGCUGGAUAUCUUCGCUCUUGUGGUGGGACUUCUGCCCCGAGUGGCUUUCUUUGAUCUUCAUCUUCAUACCCGACUCCAGUCGUUGGCUAUCGGCCAGAGCAUCGCUCUCACCGGCGCAUCUCACGCGCUCAACAUCGGCUUACCUGACAAAGCAUUGGAAAUCCUUGAGCAGGGCCGUGCGGUCUUCUGGACCCAUGCACUACGCUUGCGCUCUCCGUUCGACGUGGCGCCCAAGGAGAUCGGAGAUAGGUUGUUGAUCCUUGCCCGACAGCUGGAGAAAGUGCGCGACAGCUCGUUUACGGGCGAGAACCCGGGUGCCGUCGAAGCGGAGAUCGCACGGAGAAGAGGUCAGAUCGAAGAAUUCAACGUGCUGCUCAACCAGGUCCGCAAACUACCUGGACUGGACAGAUUCCUGCUGCACGACGAGUUUACGACGCUGAGAAAGGCCUCCGAGAGAGGUCCGGUCGUAGUGUUGGUUUCCAGUGCGCUGGGGUGCCACGCUAUCCUUCUCAAGCAGGGGGGUGACUGUGUCAGCAUUCCUAUCGAGCGUCUUCCUGAUACUUGGCUCGCACAUUCCGGCACGGAGUGGCGAUCGAUCAUCGUGGAGGCGAGGGCGGAGAUGCGCGACUGCAGAAAGAUGGAAAAAUCAAAAAUCUCGAAAUCUCGAAGGACGGCUGCCGAGGAGAUCUUGCGCCAAUUAUGGAUUGAGGUGGUGAGACCGGUGAUCAAGGCGCUAGGGCUCGAACCCUCCGAAGGUCGAAACCGUCCUCGCAUAUGGUGGUGCCCUACUGGAAACUUUGCUCACUUACCGAUCCAUGCAGCCGGUGCUGGCGGAGAGUGGUGCUCAGAUUACGUCGUCUCCUCCUACAUACCGACCAUCGGGUCCCUUCUCGCUGCCAGGAACGCGUAUUCGCCCAUCCUCAAGGACGACGUGCAAGCGCUCGUCGCUGCAACGCCUCGGUCUAGCAUAUCGCAGUGGAGCGACCUCAUCAACACUCGCGAAGAAGCGAGAGCGAUCCGUGCCGUCUUACCAAGCGGAGCCAUAAUAGAGCUGCCUCCCGCAGACGACGCUUGCAUUGAGGGCGGAAACGGGAUCACGACAGAGACGCUGCUAAAGCUGCUCCCACAGACGAACAUCCUUCACCUCGCGUGCCAUGGUCAUCAAGAUUUGGAGAAUCCGUUGCAGAGCGGAUUCAUUCUGCGUGACGAGAAACUCACGAUCGAACGACUGAUGCCUGUACCCCUCCCUCGCGCGUUCAUGGCAUUUUUGAGCGCCUGCGAAACAGCCAAAGGUGACUUCAAUCAGCCUGAUCAGGUGGUCCAUCUCGCCGCCGCCAUGUUCUUCGCGGGAUUCAAAAGCGUCAUCGCUACGCUGUGGUCAAUGGCGGAUGCAGACGGGCCGGAGAUAGCUCGGUCUAUAUAUCAGAACAUAUUCAGCAGCGAAUCAGAUCACAUCGACCCCGACGAUAUCGCGUACGCCCUCGACGAGGCCAUCACGAAACUGCGGAUCGCGCAGCCUGAGCCUUUCAGAUGGGAACCGUAUGUACAUAUAGGGAUUUGA